AAAAUAUUGAAGUCCUAGCUAAUGCCAACCGUCGGAUCACUGAUGUUAAUGUCCACAAUUGGAAGUGUAGGCCGCUUGACCAGAUCAAGCACGUGAUCGUCGAACCUGGCUAGAGAUCAUCCUGAUUCUACUCUCACCAGUUUCUCCUCUAGCACACUCUUCCUACCCUCUCGAACCCUAAUUCCGGAAAUCACUUGUGAGCUCCUCAUUCUUCCGUUCUGCGUCGAAUCUCAGGAAGGUGUGAUGCAGUUGGUCCUUUCAAGAGUGCUCAUGCAAGUCUUUGAAUUGGUCAUUUGAACAAUCUUGAAGAAAGUGGGAUCAGAAUAAAUGGAUUCAGUACCUGCUGAUCCAUCAGCAAAGUCUCCUGAGAGACAACCCACUGCUCCAGUAGAUUCCGGAUCAGAUACUUCUGUGCGUGAUGUUCCAUCUAAGCUGUCUUCUUGGGCUAGAAGUUUCAAAAUCCCUCAGCAGUUGACUACCACAGUCGACGAUUCCCCUACUGGAGGUGCUGGAAAAUCAACUUUUUCACGCUUCACAAGUGGUUUCGGGUUGCGGUCAUCUCCAAAAUCACCUCCGGCAGAUGAGGGUCAUGGACCUGAAGCGGCUUCUGGCUUCAUUGGAACAAUUACCAAAGGUUUAGUUGAUACAUCUAAGAAUGCAGUGAAAGUGGUACAAGUCAAGGCUCGGCAUGCUGUUUCUCAAAAUAAGAGGAGAUACCAGGACGGGGGAUUUGAUCUCGACAUGACCUAUAUCACUGAAAAUAUAAUUGCUAUGGGAUUUCCUGCUGGUGAUAUGAGUUCUGGUUUUUUUGGCUUUGUUGAGGGGUUCUACCGUAACCACAUGGAAGAAGUGAUAAAGUUUUUCGAAAUGCAUCACAAGGAUAAGUACAAAGUAUACAACCUUUGUUCUGAGAGGCUUUAUGACGCAUCAUUAUUUGAAGGAAAGGUGGCUAGUUUUCCGUUUGAUGACCACAACUGCCCCCCAAUUCAACUGAUAAUAUCAUUUUGUCAUAGUGCUUACUCAUGGUUGAAGGAAGAUAUUGAGAAUGUUGUGGUUGUCCAUUGCAAGGCUGGAAUGGCAAGGACAGGGCUCAUGAUUUCUAGCCUUCUUCUGUACUUAAAAUUCUUUCCUACAGCAGAAGAGUCCAUUGAUUACUACAAUCAAAAGAGAUGUUUUGAUGGAAAAGGACUUGUUCUACCCAGUCAAAUUAGAUAUGUGAAGUAUUUUGAGCGUACCUUGACAUACUUCAAUGGUGAAAACCAGCCUGGCCGAAGGUGCAUGCUGAGGGGAUUUCGGCUUCAUCGGUGCCCUUACUGGAUCAGGCCUGCUAUAACUGUUUCUGAUCAUAAUGGUGUUCUCUUUUCUACGAAAAAGCAUUCGAGGACCAAGGACUUGUCGCCAGAAGACUAUUGGUUCAGUGCGCCGAAGAAAGGAGUUAUGGUAUUUGCUCUCCCAGGGGAGCCCGGUCUGGCAGAGGUGGCUGGAGACUUCAAAGUCCAGUUUCAUGACCGCCAGGGAGAUUUUUACUUGUCUGUAUACCUCACCCUUUGGUUAAACACGACAAUGAUGGAAAACAGAAAAGUCCUAAACACGGGUGAUAUCGACGGUUUUGACAAGAGGAAACUUCCAUCACCAGGGUUUCAAGUUGAGGUGGUUCUAGUUGAUGCUAAUAAUACCACUGUUCUCCCAGUGCCCCUAAACACCCCCCAAGCAAAGUCCGACGGAGGAGGCUUGAGCACUGUUCCUACUACCUCACCCGAGACAGCUUCAGCACCAAGCACAACGGCCUCCUCGAUGCAAAGCAAAGACUCUGCACCAAACCCCGAUAAGGAUGAUGUCUUUUCAGACAGUGAAGCAGAGGAAUCGGUGUCUUGGAAGAGAAAAGGAGAUGAAGCGAGCGCAGCACCACAAGCUACUACUGCAGCCGAUGUAGGAUCUGUUGCCACGCCGGCUACUGCUAAAUCGGAUCAACAAGCUGCGAGUUUAACAAAAGCGACGGAACAGGUCUCUCUGGGGAAUGCAGCAUCCGAGAAACCGGUACACAUUAGUAAUCAGCCAAAGGGGGGAAAUGACACGGAGAGCGAGUUCAAGGCAAUGGCUGCUGAUGCAUCUGUGUUCACUUUUGGGGAUGGCGAAGACUAUGAUAGUGAAUGAAAUAAAUAAAAAAGGAGUAUGAUAAUCUCCUCUUUUCUUUCUGCACGGUUCUGUACAUAAUGGUUUAUGACAAGUUAUAGUAACUUGGUUCGUUGAUUCUGGAUUUAUUGGUCACCGUAAGCAAAAUGCGGACUUAAGAUGUAAGACUUCCCCUUUGCACCAGCUUGUGUGUAUUUGUUUCAUUGGAUUUUGGAAUAUAAUGUACAUAGUUCUAUUGAUGUACACCGUCCGUCUUAAUGAAAUCUUAGAAGCUUUUCUCCUGUUUUGAAGAGAAUGGAAGUCGUGGAUUUGUCCUCA